CUAGACUAACCAGCUAGGACCGAGGGCGAUAAUUGUGCUCAGAACACAUCCUGCACAGGCUUGGGGUUUAAUCAGCUUAUCAAUAUCGAUGGAUCCGAGACUUGCGCGCGAGCGGAGGCUGCUGACUAGCCGAUGGCUUGUGGCUUUGGUCGUGCCUUGCCAACAAAUGAACCAGCGGCGUCUCUCGAUCGUUUCAAGAGAUUCCGUGGGAUGCAAUGUUUUCAUGAUGCGUGGAUAUAUGUAUGAUUUAUUGCAAGGUCUAAGACGGUUGAAAUUUCAAGCUGUUCGACAGGUUGACAUGCGCUCCGCAGAAACAACACCAGUUGAUAGUGGAUUUUGGUCGCAUGUUGGGCACAGCGCCGUGUUUCUAGUUGUGCCCGGAGGACUUAAGCUGUAAGGAACGCUCUAUCCAAAAACUGAUAUUGGUUGGCGGUGGCUGCCUGCCAACCGGGGUAUUGACAUUGUUAACAACGUGCGAUGGGUGCCACAUGAAUACUGUCGGGGC